AUGCAGCGGGACAGCUGCCCAUGGUCGGAGCUGUCGCUGUCGGUCGACGCCGCCGAUGGCACCGCGCCGGGCGCUAUUUGCAUCAAGCUCACGACGGUGCCUGUGCCUGAUGGGUACCCCAGCAAUUUGCAACAAGACUUGGUGUGGCCGCAGCCGCCGCACCCAG